UAAAAGUCAUAACAAAAAGCUAAACCGCUGUUAGCAUGUUUUGUAUAAACAUGGAGUCGAAAGCGGAAGCACGUGAAAGCGAAUCCUCUUGCUUCGCCUCUUUCCUCUUUGACAAUUAUCCCAACAUUUAGGUUCUCCGCCGUGCAGCAGCUCACUGUGUCAAUGUAUCCUGAUGGACUCUGCUCUAACAUUCACCGCGUUGUGCUGAUUAAAAUCUUUGUUGAUCAAAACAUGGGCAAAUUUCUGUCCAAACAUGUUUCGAACCGCAGACAGAAUCCGGAAGGUGGUAGUUUGUCUUCCAGCGUGCUGACCUGUGAAAGAGAGAUGGAGCACAGCAUCAACAAAACUAAACUGACAGAAAACUUGUAUGUGGAAGUGAAGAAAAUCAAGUCUGAACAUAACAGCAACUUCAAGGUGGUUCUGCCACCACAGAAAUCACCUGAGACCUUCCAGCUCAGGGACAAAACAAAGAAGAGGAGUAUUUAUACCAAAGGCACAUUAUAUGGCAAAGUGCAUCAACCUGGGCAGGAAUGGGUCUUCACACUCUACAAUUUUGACACCACGGGCAAGGUCACAAAAGAGGAUAUGUCCAGCCUGAUACUCUCCAUGUACGAGGUUCUGGAGGCAGCAGUGAAGCAGCCUUAUGGCAGAACCACACCGCUAAAGAUCAAGCUGGUUGUAACUCCCUCACCUUGCUCAGUAGAAAAGGAGCAAAGUAUAUCUCAGGAGCGAGGCCAACCAGUGAGGCUCUAUUGUGUGGGAGAAAACAUAGAGCGCAGAAACCACUACCUGGAUCUAGCUGGAAUUGAGAACUAUUCCUCAAAGUUUGACAAUACAGAUUUAUCUUUUCAGGGGCUACAAGAAGUCAGCUCUGCUCUUCAGCACCAUCCAGUGGCAAUCAGUGAGGAUUACAUGCACACAGAGUCCCUCCAACAGUUUUUUAAAAAUAAAGCCAUGUCAUUCAAGAAAGAAAGGAGCAGAGGGGAUGAAAAGACCUGCAGGUUACAUGGCCAACACCCCGCUUCAUGGUGCAAUCCAACCAAACCUCAUGUGCAGCGCUCCUGCAGGAGGCUUUAUUCCAGGGUACAAGAUUCUGCUUCGCCCCUUAAACAUCCUGCCUUCCAUGUCCAGCCAGGAAGAGACUGUCAAAUAUCUAACUGUCUACCUACAUGUGAGGUCACUCUGGCCCAAAGACAUGAUCACCAUCACCACCAUGAACAUCAUCACCACCAUCACUACCACCACUCAUAACUGCAUAAUACAUAGAAAAGUUGUUAAUGUUAAAUGCCACUCAGCAGGUCUUUAAAAGAACUUUUUUUUUAUGUCAUUACACAUUGCUCACAUUUUAACUAUGGAAUCUGAUCUGUGUUUUUUUUAUUUUUCUGAUAGGGUGACAUAAAUGCUUCAUGGACACUUUUGUAUCAAUUACCAAAUAUGAAAUGAAAAUAAAUAAUUCGGUAGUC